AUGACCAUGACACUCGACACUACCCAGCAGCGGUUCGGACCCUCGUUGAAUUUCGACUAUUCAGCACCUGCACAGCCGCCUGCCUUUUCCAACCCUUGGUCUUCAUCCUCACCACCACAGCCUCCUCCUGCGGGAAGUAGCCUCUUUGUUGGUAGCCAGCCAGCCCUUAACCCAAGCAUGAUGGCCGGCAAGCCACCUCAAAACCGUGCGAGCACCAGCAGCACUUCCUCAAUGGCUUCUUAUGGAAGCGCCAUGCCAGUGCCUAAUACUUCUGCAGACCUGCUCAGCAUUAACCGCAUGCAAACGACGUCUGCUGCUUAUGGGGACCCCACUUACACCACAUCUGCUUCUCCCGUCAACCACCAUUUUGCGCCCACAUCAGCUGCCCCUUACGACACACUUGGUUAUGCGCCAGCUCCUGUUCGACCACCACCUUUUGGUCUCGCUCCCGCUGAUGACCACGCGAGACGGUUUUCCCAACAUAGCAUCCAAGAUGAACGGAGGAGCUUUGCCGAUGCUCUAGAUGCUAGCCACGGCAUGCUGGCUAUGAGCCAGGAGACACCCCGACCCAUCUAUGGGACGCGAAGUGAUCGAUCCUCUGUUGAUUCUUAUGGAUUCCCUUCUACCCACUCUACCAGUUCUUCCAUCUCUUCUAGUGGCAACUUCAGCUCCUACUAUGGCGACUCUGUCUCUGACUACUCCACUGCCGGUUCUGAUAUCGAGUCAGUAUCUUCAAGGACUCUGCCUCGACCCCAGGGCUUGAUGAGCUCUCAAAUCCCCCCUGCCCCCCAAUCUAUGAUGGGGCAGUUUAGCUCCAAAGUGUCUUCCAGUACUCAGAAGAAGCACAAGUGCAAGGUUUGCGACAAGCGUUUUACUCGCCCCAGCUCGCUACAAACUCACAUGUAUAGUCACACCGGCGAGAAGCCUUUUGCUUGUGAGGUUGAAGGAUGUGGCAGACAUUUCUCUGUAGUUUCCAACCUCCGACGACACCGAAAGGUUCACCGCGGAGAUGCGCGCUCAGAGGCAGGCUCUGAGGACCACCACUCGGACUAA